AUGUUCUAUCAAUCGGGUACGUGCAGCUAUGGCGCUCGAUGUCGAUUUGCUCAUGGCGAUGAGCCAACUGCGGGUACGCAAGGUUACAACGAAGAUCGUGGGAGAGGAUUCCGGCGUGGCGGCCCUCCUCCUUUCAGAGGUGGACAGCGACGUGGAGCUAUGGACGGAGGAUACAGGUCAAGAUCGCGAUCACGAUCAGAAAGUCCGUUUGGUAGGCGGAAUUAUUCGCCUGAUCGCCGUAGGUACGGAAGUCCACGCAGUUUGCGCGGACGGGAUAGAGAAGAGCGGAUCGAGAGGCGUCAGCGAACUGAUGAUCGUGGACGUGAUCAGCAUAGUGGCGGUGGCACGGAUACCGUCCGUGAUCUAAAGCAGCAGACUCAAGAACAUCCAGGAGAAGAGGCGCAGAAGCUGAAGAAAGUGGAAUCCGAAAAGGAUACGAAGGCUAAAGGGACGAAAGUAAAUACGGAACAACAAAAAUCGCCA